AUGGCUGGCAAGAACGUGGAGUUGUCGCAUGCUGAGAUGUGGGAUGACUCCGCCCUCAUAGACUCAUGGAACGAAGCUCUUGAUGAGUACAAGACCAAGAAAUCAACUCUAACACAUAGCCACCGGCACAGGACCCAUGGGGCCAUCGACCCAGAAACGGAAGCGGUCGAUCGGUCUGAGAUCAUGGUCGAUGGAGAGGCAGCCAACGAAACGAAGGAGGUAGGCGGCAGCACGGAUGUAAAACAACCCAUUCACCCCAGAGAAAAUCCAGGAAGAUCAGAAAAGCUUGGCAUCUGUUAUCCUGCAUCGUGUUCAGUCAACAGCAAGCGUGCCUGCCGCAAAGGCUAUCUCGAGCAGCGGUGGCGCCCCAGGCCCUGCGACAAUGGGCCCGCAAGGUCUUCUCGGUUCAGUACAGGACGAAGGACUGAAGAGACUUUUGAUGUCAUGGUACUACGCUGGAUAUUACACCGGAUUGUACGAAGGGCAGCAGCAGACACAGGAACCGCGGCAAUGAGGCUUAGUAGCCUCUUACGGCCUGGAAUAGGGGAGUUGGGAUGGUGUGGGGAAUGGGGUGAGGUUGGCCAUCCUGAAAAGCGGCUGCUCGAGAGUUAA